CUGAGCGGGUUGGGAAGCUCACGGAAUCGUUCUCACACUGGCGCAGUUGCUGCCCGUUUCAGGCCUCGGAUCAACAGAAUUGUUAUGGGAUGCCCUCCAGUGGCUGGUCCAUGCAUGUGCCAUCAGAGGUAACCGGCGAGAUCGGCAAGAUGGUGGCCUUGCCCUGCACCUACACGUACCCACACAAGAUGCCCAGCAGGACGCUGACAGCCAUUUGGCGGGUGAGGGAGCCUUAUACUGGGACGAUUGUUUUCAAGUGCAUCACACACAACACCAGUGAGCACUGCAAAACCACUAUCGGCUCAAAGAACAGAUACAAGCUUUUGGGAAACCCGAGACAGAAUAACCUCUCACUCCAAAUCGACAACCUGACCUGGAACGACAGCAACAGAUAUUUCUGCCGAGUUGAGUUUUCUGGGGAUUCACACGACAAGUAUGAGACCAGGAUGGGGAUCAAGCUCCACCUCAUCGCUGCCCCCAGGAUUGUUAAUGUCUCCGUCCAAACAAAUCCAGACCACACGUUCCAUGCAACCUGUACGGCAGAAGGGGAGCCACUCCCCACCCUGACGUGGGUCGGUCCUCCAUCCAGCAGCCUUUCCUCCAUCUCGAGUGCAAACCACCAGAUAACCAAGGAGCUCCACCGCCUGACUCACGAUGGAAAAUAUACUUGCACAGCUGUUAACAGCCUCGGAAGAGCAGAAGGGGCUGUGUACUUUUAUAAAUUCAAAGCCGGAAGUAGUUCCUGGAUCCUGGUCCCCUUGUUCGUAGCCUUGGGGAUUAAAUUUCUGGGACUGCUGGUGAUAUUAGGGAUUGGUGCUUUCUGGAAGGGAGAUGGCUUAAUGUUCCCAACCCGCCUGUCACGGCAACAAGCACAAGAAUCUGCCUAUGAAAACCUCAACCGCAGGAUCAACUCCAUAAGUCAAAGUCUGCCAGAAUGAAGCUACAGUGAGGCGCAUAUGUUAAAGAUCCUGAACUAUAUGGCUUUCUUUCAUGUUAUACCAUGAAGUACACUUCCAUUACAGUACACAGAUUUGGUACAAAAUAACCAAAGUGGCUAAAUUAGCAAUCAUCUCUAGUUCAUCCAGCAUACAAUGAAGACUUAGCCCAAUUUGUGGA